CAAUUGCGCACUGCUGACACGGUCUCCGCGCACAAAAAAUGGAUAGAUAAUUUUGUGUGGAUGGAUAGAAAGCUGUAGCUACAGGGGGAGGAGGAGGAGGAGGAGGUGAGGACGCACCGAGCAGAUAAGAGACUUAUUGGCUGCGCCGCCGCUGCUGGCUGCCUGGAUUCUGACCCGUAUUUUUUUAUCAUCAGAAAAGAAGCGCUUUGUGUUACAGGCCCCCGGAAAAAAACGUCGCCUCACCGGGAGGACGGUAGCAUGGUCAGCCUGGAGAGAAAGGCCCGUCUCUGCGUUUCUCUGCGCCCACACCGGAUCCACUGAGGCGGUUUGGAGCCACCAGCGUCCGACAUGGGGAAGGAGGUAAACGGCGUUUCACGGAGCCGGUUUGAGAUGUUCACGAACAGCGACGAGGCGGUCAUCAACAAGAAGCUGCCCAAGGAGCUGUUGCUACGAAUCUUCUCCUUUCUGGAUGUGGUGACACUCUGUCGCUGUGCCCAGGUCUCACGGUCUUGGAAUGUUCUGGCUUUGGACGGCAGCAACUGGCAGAGAAUCGACCUCUUUGACUUUCAGAGGGACAUAGAGGGCCGGGUGGUGGAGAACAUUUCCAAGCGAUGCGGGGGGUUCCUGAGGAAGCUGAGCUUACGGGGCUGCCAGGGCGUCGGUGACAGCGCCCUGAGAACUUUCUCACAGAACUGCAGGAACAUCGAGCUGCUCAGUCUGAACGGCUGCACCAAGAUCACUGACAGCACGUGUAACAGCCUCAGUAAGUUCUGUCCAAAGCUGAAGCACCUGGACCUCGCUUCAUGUACCUCCAUCACCAACCUGUCGCUCAAAGCUCUCAGUGAGGGUUGUCCUUUGCUGGAGCAGCUGAACAUCUCCUGGUGUGAUCAGGUUACCAAGGACGGCAUCCAGGCCCUGGUUCGCUGCUGCCCUGGACUCAAAGGCCUUUUCCUCAAGGGCUGCACACAGCUAGAAGACGAAGCUCUGAAGCAUAUCGGGGCUCACUGUCCGGAGCUGGUCACGCUCAACCUGCAGACGUGUUCGCAGAUCACAGAUGAAGGCCUCAUCACCAUUUGUCGGGGUUGCCACCACCUGCAGUCUCUGUGUGUGUCGGGUUGUGCCAACAUCACCGACGCCAUCUUGCACGCUCUGGGACAGAACUGCCCUCGUCUCAGAAUAUUAGAAGUUGCUCGCUGCUCUCAGCUUACAGACGUGGGCUUCACUACAUUAGCAAGGAAUUGUCACGAGCUUGAAAAGAUGGAUUUAGAAGAAUGUGUGCAGAUCACAGAUGGAACGCUCAUCCAGUUGUCCAUCCACUGCCCUCGUUUGCAAGUCCUGAGUCUUUCCCACUGCGAGCUCAUCACCGACGACGGCAUCAGACACCUGGGCAGCGGACCGUGCGCUCACGAUCGUCUGGAGGUGAUCGAGCUGGACAACUGCCCCUUGAUCACAGACGCCUCACUGGAGCACCUGAAGAACUGCCACAGUCUGGAUCGCAUCGAGCUGUACGACUGCCAGCAGAUCACCAGAGCCGGCAUCAAGAGACUAAGGACCCACCUGCCUAACAUCAAAGUGCAUGCGUACUUCGCUCCCGUCACUCCGCCGCCGUCCGUCGGUGGAAGCCGCCAGAGGUUUUGCCGCUGCUGCGUCCUGCUAUGAUGUAAAGACAACGACCCCCUUCCCCUUUUUCCUCCCCCGUCGCCCUUCGUCCACGCUCCUCCGGCUGCCCUUCCUCUCCCGUCCGUCAUAGACUACAUGCUGGUGUGUUUCCCCCUUAAGGAGCUGCAGAGAGAGGGAGAGAGCCAAUCAUCGCUGCAGGGUUUUGGGUAACUUCCCCCCCAAAAAACACAUCAAACUCACACAUUAACUCCUGGAAGAACACAUUCCUGAUCUGCGUCAGUAUUACAAAGAGGGUAAAAAAUCGAACGCCGCCGUUGAGGGAUUUAAAUCAAAAACAAACCUGCAUUUGAGACUUUUAUCUAUAUGAAGCAGCUUUGAAACCGACUAAAACAUCCAGUUAGACCACUUCAUUCCCUCGGUGGUGAAUUAACAGCUACCUCCAGACAGCACCAGUGUUUGCUUGCAGGCUGUUUAUUUCAAAGUAAAAGGAAUAAAAAGGGGCAGCGGUAUAUUCACAUAUCUGCCAACAUCCCCUAAACACACACAGAAAACAGCAGAAGGACUCUUUUAUGUUUUGUUUUUUUUAAUACUUGCAGCUAUUUGCACUUAAAGUGAAGCAAUGAUGAGACACUUGAUCUCAAAAUCGAAGCAUUUUACUAACAAACACACGUUAAAAAAGAAAAAUGCAUCCACUGAGCUUCAGCAGAACCCUCGCCUCUCUCUCUGUCUCUGUGUUACAAUCAGAAUAUACUGAAGAGAAAAAAAACAAUAUUUUUCUAAAAAAAAAAAUCAAUGGAAAAAAGACAACACAAGUGGGGAUUCGGAGAAGAUGCCAAAUGUUGCAUGUAACACCUCUAGUUUUUUAAAAUCUAAUUGUAAAUAAGGACCGCGGGAGUCGAAGCCAGUUGAGAAAAACAACAGUGGUGAAGAUAUGAGAUUAACGUCGAGUUUGUGGAAGAUUCUGAGGAAAAACACGAUGAGAAUACGUGGACUGAUGCUGGUCUGAGACGCUUUUUUUUUUUUUUUUCCCGACGGAUGAAACAAAAAAUAAUCAUCACUACAUGACUUCCGAGCAGGACGGCGGAAAGAAAAAGCCAACUGAAAACAAUCAACUUUACUUUCAGUUCGAUUUGUUGUUUUUCGACGAGGAACCUGAACGUCCCAUGAGGCCUUGCAAGGCGACGGAGUGACACUUCUGGCCUGCUGAUGGAAUGAUUUCUGGGCUACAAACGGACUCGAGCCCCUCCAUGUUUCUGGAAGUAUUUCAGCCUUUUUUGUUUUGUUUUUUUUUCUUCUGGAUUGUCUGCACCUGCUUUAUUCUGUCUUUAUUUUAUAAAUGUCUCUUUUUUCUUUCUCCUUCUUUGUUUUUUUUUUUGUUUUUUUGAUUCUGCCUGCUUUGUGUUUUGAAGUUCAGUGUCUCAGUUUGAAGCCCUUUUACCAGUUUCCCCCAUCGGAUGGAUUUUUCGUUAAGAGUUCAUGUUACUAAAUGUCCAGCCUUUUGUCCAGGGGGACGUUUCGGCACCAGUGCAAUUGUAAUAAAUGUUAAAUGUUGGGUUUUUUUUGUUGUUGUUGUUGUAAAUGUGAGUUGAGGAGUCCUUCGAUGACAUGUUUGUAUGAUUACUGAAUGUUUCCACCAAGGAGAGGCUCUUCGGGCGUCGCGUGCCGCUUUAGUGGGAAGAUUUUUGCUUUCCUCUCCUUUAAUUUUUAUGCCUUUUUGCUCUUCAAAUGCCCAAAUUGCAUCAGACUAUUGAUCGGCUGCAGGCGAGCGUCAGGAUAAUACGAGCCGAGAUGAAUCCUGUAAUCCAGUCUGAUCUGUUUUGUUUGAAUGGGGGGGAUUAGGGAGGAACCAAGAGUCAAAAUGGCGCAGAAAUGUAAUGUACUCUGUCCUGAGCUCCAGGGUUAAGAUGGGGGGGGGGGGGAGGAAAUGUCAGGAUCUGAGGCAACAGUGACACUUUGAAUGAAUUACAGUAAAACUCAACCUGCUCCCUGAGGUUUUAAAGCAAGAAAUAAGUCUGUUUAUGGUACAGAGAUACACUACAAGACAGCAAAACUCUGGAUUUUAUUUCUCCGCUCAGCAUCCAACACCGGUUUGUUUUCUGCAUGUUUGGUCCCAAACACUGGAGUUGAGGAUUUAGGAAACAACGAGGGCAGCAGGUGAAUCUACAGUGUGUUCUGGUAGAUUGACUCCUGAGAAAUUAAAAAAAAAAAUCAGUUUUGACAAUGACUGUAGUUCAUAUAAUUACUGUAAAUCUUUUCCUUUUUUCUUUUCUUUUUUCUUUCUUUCUUUUUUUUUUUUUUUACAAUUAACCGAUAUAAAUGAAUAUGUACGUAUGAAUAAAUAUAUACCUAUAUUAUUAA